CCGCUGGCUUUUGAGUUUCCUUUCUUUUCUUUAUCCUCUCUGGCUUUCUCCGACCGUAGGGUCAGCUAUCAUGCCCGGCGAUUGAAGCAGUGAGAAUAGCUUUCAAUUUUAUUCUUUCGUUUCAAACCCUAGCAUAUUAGAAACUGAAUCGGGGUGUUCCUGCUUAUUUGAUCCUAAGAAAUCUACAAUCCGCUAAAGCUCCGUCGAUUUAUUGGUCAAUCUGCAUUCCUCUUCCUUCUAUGUGAUAUUUGUAGCGGUGCAAUCUUGGUUGAUAUAUCAUUCUUUCUGAAAUUUUUUUUGAAAUGAUUGAGCGAAAGCUAUUCAAGACGAAGAUGUGUGUACUGUUUCAAAGGGGGCAUUGUUCUCGCCGGAAUUGCUCCUUUGCACAUGGAGAUGCUGAACUCCGGGGUUUCAUGGGUUCCUAUAGCGAAUCAAUUGUGCUGGUCAGUUAUUCUUAGAGCUGGUUUUGGUAUUUUUCAUCGUGAUCUUUAUCUUGGUUUUCAUCAUGCAUCCAUGAAACUGCACAGAUGAAUGAAGGAUCUCUAUUAGCUGUUGUUUGUUCAUAAGUUCACCAGUUUGUAUUUUAUUGGAGCAUAUGGUUACCACUUUAUUCAAAUUGCUAUUCCUUCAAUGACAUUAUGGAGGGAUUUCUUGGAUGGAGAAAGAAUUCACUGUCAGAAGUAACCAAUAUGCAUUGCAUGGGAUGGUUUAUUAUUAUUAUUUCUUAAUAUGGCUGAAGGGAGAAAACUUCUAGUAUUCCAUCCAGAAUGCAUAUGUUUCGUAUUGCUCAACGAGGAGAUGGUGCCAUGACAAGUGUGAUUUGUAUUGUCCCAUCAUAUAACAGCCUGUCUCAAUGAUCUAGGCCCCAUUAUGCGUUUCUUUUUCUAUUCAUUAUAUGAGGAUGGUAAUUCUUGUCGACUCUUUUGAAACUGGAAAGAAGGCAGUAUAUUUCUUCAUUAUAAUGUUACUCAUAUUGUCACAUAUGAUGGAAGGCGUGACUAUCGAGAUAGUGACUUGAGGAAUAAACUUGACAGAAGGCCAUCUUCUGAGAAAAGGUAUUCUCCAAAAAGAGAUGCAAGAGGUCGGCGUACGUUUCGUGGUCAGGAAAUUCAUCCUUGCAACUAUACUUAAUUUUCUCAUGUUUUAAUGAUCCUUCUCUUUCUUCCCUUUAACACCCAGCCUGCUAUUGUUUGGCUGUAAAGGAUGGAAUUUGAUGUCUGCCAUAUAAAUUUGAUAAGUCUUUGACCUUCUUGGUUUUCUUCCCUUUUCGACCUCUUAUCUGUCCUGGAUGAUUUAUUAUGUCAAGUUAUUUAAAGAUGGCUACAUCUUGUGAAGCUUAGCUGAUUUUCUUUCACUUACAGUUUUCAGUUUGUUUCACUUUUUGCCUUGACUUUGCUGUCUGCUUGAGUUUAUAAAACCUUAUGGAGUUUAAUAUUGCAGGAUAUAGCCCUUCCAGGUCUGUAGAGAAGAAGAGUGGCAGAAGCCACAGGCAGAAAUACUUGAGUGGCCAAAGUGAUUUUUCCGAAAACUUGAAAACUCCAGAUGAAGUGGAGGACAGAGUUAAUGAAGGAAGGAACUCAUCCUUUCAUCCUAGAAUUGCUCUUGAGUUGAAAGAAGUGGAGUUGGACAUUAGCAGGCUUGAUCAGCACAAGCUUCAACUACGGAAUUCUCUUGAAGAGAAGGAUCAAGAAGCUGAUACUCUAUCGUCAAGGAUAGAAGAGCUUGCGGCUCAGUUAAAAAAGGAGAAAGACGAAGCAAGAAAGAUCACUUCAAAAAUCAAGAAGUUUGUUAAAGCACAUAACCGUUGCUCACAGAUACAAGAUGAACUGAAGAGAUCUCAAGCUCGAGCCCAGAAGUUGGGAGAACAGCUUGGUUCAAUUACUACUAGAACCAGUGGCAAUGAUGAAGAUUCAAACAUUAAUAUUGUGAGUGAUGGUGAGACAACUGAUGUCCAUAUUCGUAACCCACAGAAAGACAGUCGGAAUAAUUCUCCUCCAAACAAGAAAAGGCUGUAUGCUGAUCAGGACACUGCUCAAGAUCCCAUUCUGGAUGGAGAAGAUCAGUUAGAAACUCUGAGAUCAAAGAAGCGGUCUCGGUGGAAUGUAGGCCCUGCUCCACUAAAUAUGGAGAAAGAAAUUGGCUCACUAGACAAAGAACUAAGCAACAGUAGGACCCUGAGAAACGAUGAGAAGCUAAUAAGGAAAGCAAAGAAACUCUCUUCAAGCGUGCAUGCAGCAAAUAAGUUGAAGGGUACGAGUUCAGGGUCUGUAUUGCCAUCAACAAGCAUGGCAGCUCAGGCACUUGAUGAAGUUGUGGAAAUUGUGGAGGAUGAGGAGAAGAAUGAGAUGUUUGAUGUGGUUUCCACAGGAAGGGAGAGAGAAGCUAUGUAUGCGGCCAGAGGCUUACCCAAUUUACUUCCACCUCCACCAAUCCCCCGAAAUGCGUACUCGAAGUACGAGGGUGAAGAUGAGAAUGUGAAUGUUGAUGGGCUUGAGGAGAUGGGGCAUGUGAACAUCAUGUGAUAUCAAAAAUGGUUGCAUUAAAAGGUCUGGGUUUUUUUGGAUAGAAUCAGAGCUUUCAAGUGUCAUGUAUAUAUUGGCUAGUCUUACAGGCACUAGGAUUUACUUGAAUUUGUCUAACUAUACAAUCUAUGACGAGGUCUCACUUAUCCUAGAAGAUUUCAGAAUUUUUGAAUCUUAUGUUAAUUGAUAAACUUUGUCUCUAUACUGGCAAAAGCAUUUUGGAUACCUG